CAAAGUUUUCAUGAUAACGUGAAACAUGGCUCAUGAACGGACCUUAGUACUCAUCUACAUGCACGUUUUCAUCACAUUUACAGGAACUUUGGCCCAACUCGAUGUGAAGAUUCUUACAGAAGAAUGUUUAACAGGAAUUUGUGAAUAUGUUCCAAAUUACCCAGAAGGAUUAGCGUUAGAUCUUGUAAAAGAGCUCAAAGCAAGUAAAAAAAUUUCAAACGAGGAUUUACUUGCAAAUACAUAUGAAUUAAAUGACAAAACUGAUAGUUCCCGCGAAACUCCUUUGUGCAAAUCUGAAGAAAUAAUUUCUACUCCAAAAGCAGCUCAGAGUGCGAAUGGCACGUGGUAUUACAUUUUAAAUCCAAAAUAUGAGUUGAUACAAAGAUUUCGUGUAGAAAAAUGCAGCUCUAGCAAUAGUAGAAAGAUGAAGAGGGAAAUUACUUCUUAUUAUGAAGAGAAAAUGAACUUUGGGAUCUGUGCUGAUAGAGUGCGCAACCGAAACUACGAAGGAUUAUGCGUGCAAAAGUACGUCCUCCGACAAAUGAUGGCAAUUUCAGGAAAUUCGGUUUUUUAUGACUACUUCCGCAUCCCUAGUUGUUGUUCCUGUGUAGCACGGUCUUUAGAGUAAAAAAAAAUAACAUGUGAUAUUAUAUUAUUGUAUUUAGCGUAUAUUAGGUUCAUUUUGAAAUUCUAUGUCAUUAGUCAUUAGUACCUACCUACUUGUAUUCAAGUAUGUGUAGCUGUGUUUUUGAAAUUAGAUAUUAUUUAUAGGUAACUGGAACAUAAUAUGGUUAAUAAUUAAUAUGUGGUUUUACGACGAAAGCAAGGCGUAAUAUCACAGUAGUCAGUAUGUAACAUAUUAUUCGUAUCUGUUUACCGUGGUAAUGGUAUCGAGAACGUGUUGUGAUGUCAGUAAUUUAUAAACGCAUUUUUAGGCCGUAUCUUAUUUUCGCCAACAACAUGUCUUCUGGUAUUGUAGAUGCCGAUAAAUACUCUGUGGCCUAUGUCACUG